AUGGGUGGUGUGCUGAGCAACCAGGUGCCUGUGCCCGAUGAGCGCAUGCAGCAGAUGAUCACGAAGCUCAAGCUCACAGCCAAGGAUCUCACUGUGCUCUACGGCAAAUUUGCUCGCUACGAUAAAGAGUACUUGGAAAGCGCAGUAGAGAGUAGCGGUACAAUCGACCGAACGGAAUUCUACGCCUCCAUCGACGAGAAGCAUUCUCCGUUUGGUGAUGCCAUCUUCGCCCUCAUCGACGAAGACAAUAGUGGAGUCCUGGACUUUAGCGAGUACGUCGAAGCCCUGGGAAAGUUCUGCCUGUUGAAUAAAGAGGACAUGCUUAAAUUUUGCUUCAACGUAUUCGAUGAUGACAAGAACGGCACAAUUGAGGGCCAAGAGCUGACAAACUUGUUAGAAAUUUUGCACGAAGACGAGCAAACGAGCAACAUGAAGCAUGCACUUAAGACCUUCGACUUUAAUGGAGACGGGAAGAUCGAUUUCGGCGAGUUCAAGCAGCUCCAUUCACAGUUCCCAAGUCUGUUGUAUCCUGCAUUCCGUAUCCAACAGAACAUGAAGAUCUUCACACUUGGAGAGAAGUGGUGGGAGCGAAAGAUCGAGGAACUGGCCUCCGAGCACUACGAAAAGCUCGCGCAACAAGCAGCAGCAGGAAACGUCGAAGAUAUGAGUGACGAGGCCCAGAGAGCGAGGAAGGAAGAGAUGGAGCGUACUGCCAAGCAGAAGCGACAAGAACAGGCGGCUCGUAUGCGAAUGGGGUGUUUGUACUAUACUUGCUGCCCGUGUCGACGAAAACUCUACAUUAUCGAGGACGACGAGUCCAGCGACAGUGACAGCGACUCGGACGAAGAGCGAGCUCGACGCAAGCAGAAGGCAGCAGCCACGAACGUCAAAAAGGGUGGCAAGAAGCAGAAUAUCGUCCCAGUUGGGCCGCGUAAGCCUCUGAGUCAGGAAGAGCGUCUUGAACGAGCACGGAAAAGAAGACUGCGGGAUAUGCAGGAUCGACCCACGCGCAAGGAUUGA